GCCCGGCCCCGACAUGGCGGCGGCCGGCGGGGAGCGGGGCCGCACCAGCUUCCAGCGCAGGCCCGGGGCCGGCCCCCGCCCGCCCGCCCUCCCGGGCACUCGGCCCUCGGUGCGCCACGGGCAGCUGCUGCUCUCCAGCGGGCUGCCCUCCCUGGACUGUGUGCUAGGUGGAGGCGUAGCUGUUGGAACCCUUCUUCUUAUUGAGGAGGAUAAAUAUGGCCUUUACUCCAAUUUGUUGUUCAAGUAUUUUCUCGCAGAGGGAAUUGUCUGUGGCCAUGAGCUGUUUGUUGCUUCUGCCAAAGAGCAUCCUGACAAGAUAUUGAAGGAACUUCCAGCCCCUUUACUUGAUGAUACCUAUGGGAAGGAAUUGGGAGAUGAAGCAGCAGCAAAGUCUGAGGAUUCUCAGGAUUCUAUGAAAAUAGCCUGGCGCUACCAAAAUUUACCAAAAAUGGAGGCCAGCCCAACAACAUAUACAAAGUUUGGCCAUUAUUAUGAUGUUUCUAAAAAAAUGUCUCCAGAACUGUGUCAGUCUGUAAAAUGGCACAGUUUUUACCUCCAUGAAGAAUUGUCUUUCGAGCCUAAAAUGAAGGCAUGGAGUAUGAACAGUGGUUAUGCAAGGCUGCUUCAGUCCAUUCAGAAGAUCAUUUCCCAGGAAGGCUUUGAUGGCUCUGAUCCCCAGAAAAAACAAAGGAAUGUUUUGAGGAUAGGAAUUCAGAGCCUGGGUUCCAUAUUAUGGGGUGAUGGUGUUUGUUGCAGUGAUAAUCCUGAAGAUCCUCAUAGCUUGACAAAAUUUCUGUAUGUUCUCCGUGGCCUGCUGAGGAAAUCUUUGUCAGCCUGCAUCAUCACGGUGCCAGCUCACCUUAUCCAGAAUAAAGCAAUUAUGGAACGUGUAACAAACUUGUCAGAUAUGGUAGUUGGUCUUGAAUCAUUUAUUGGCUCUGAGAGAGAAACCAAUCCAUUGUACAAGGAUUACCACGGUUUGGUUCAUGUACAUCAGAUUCCUCGGCUUAAUAGCUUGAUCUGUGAUGUGUCAGACACCAAGGACCUGGCUUUUAGAUUAAAAAGGAAGCUGUUCUCCAUCGAGACUUCCUUGUUUGAGUGGCUGCUGCUUUCUCCUAACCAAAGAAUUUGGGGUUUGUGAAGCAGUUUGGGAUCUUUGUUUCAUCAGAUUCAUUCAAGAUGAGCCAGGGAAAUGCUGGAUUUAUAGGAGAUAAAAAUUCAAGAGGGAAGUGAAACAGAAAUUAUUUCUUGUUAGAAUUCAUAGACCAGUAGUGCUGCUCAAACAUCAAGCAAAGUACCUGUUACUCUGUUGACCAUUACCAAAACUUACAACUGCUUGGAGCAUUUGGAUAACACAGAACAUGAGAAAGGAUGAAGAAGCAAAAUUUUCUCUUUCUGUUGUAUAAGAAAACUUUUCAUGGUUUUCCAAACCGUAAAUUCAUUCAUAUUUUGUAGUUACAGGUUUAAAAACCUGACUGUACAAAUAUAAUCUGACAAAACAGACCUUUUAUUUCUGGGUAAGAUUACUCAAAUUAUCUUCAGAGUAAAAAGCUUUCUAGGAUUCCUUUUUGCUAAGUAUUGUCCUUUUUAUACUAGUUCACUUUUAUCACAAUAUUUAAAGUAACAGCCUAUGUCAAGAGUGCUGCUUUUCAUUAGUGAUGUGUAUCACUAAUGCUUCAUCAGAUAUAACUAAUUUUUCAAAUGCAACCUUUAUGAAUAGUUAUGGUGAUAAAAUUCUACUUCUAGGUAGAUCAUUUCUUUGUAGUUUUCCUCUCUAAUUUCCAUAUAUUGAGUUAAAAGAUACGCUGUUUAGAUAAAUAGAUCCUUUCCAACUCGAGAUACUCUAUGAUUCUGUGAUAAUACAGUUAGAAAACACUGAUGAAUUGCACUCUGGGAUAUGUUUUGAUUUCUCACUGGUUUGUGUAACAGCAUGUUUUUGCUGGUAUUUUUGUGUUUUAACAGAAGCACAAAGAUCCCCAGUCAAAUUUUCCUUUCAAAUAAGUACAGCCCAUUCCUGUUGCUGAAAAGAGGAGUGGCAGUGGCCCACUCAUAAAGGCACAACUAUCAGCCUAAUUUUCUCUCUCACACAAGUCAUACUUCUCUCCUUAAAACUGAAAUACGUUUUUUAAAGUUCUUUCAUUCAGCAGAUUAAGUUCAAACUGAGUUUGUAAUCUUUUUGAAAUGCUUGACAGCUGAAUGUUGUGCUUGUAUGUAUUUUAGUUGUGGGGAGGAAGCUAAAUAAUAUAGGUAUCAUGCUUUCUGCAGCAUUUCCAGCCAACAAGUCCAGAAGAAUCAGCACCCUUUUGAAUAUAUAAAUCAUUAAUCUUAGUAACCAGCUGCUCUGAAGGCAGGAAAGAAUUACUCAGCCACACAGCCAUGCUCAGUUCACCUGUUACAGCAGCAGUGUACUAAACCUACCCAUAAUUUAUAUCCUGCUUUCCAUAGUUGUUCAUUUAUUUAUUUUAAUUAAUCAAUUAAAAUUAAAAUCAUUCUGAUUC